CCGGAGGGCGGAAGCGGCGGACCGGGGAGACGGCUGCUUCCGGCGUCAGCGGCGCUGCCGCUGCCUCCGCGUUAUGGCUGCGUUGGGUUGGCAGGUCUCGGCUUGGCACCGCCUGAUCCCCCUCACCUGGUCCCUUAUUGCUAGGCAGACUGCUCAGCUUGGAGAGCAGAAGAGGACGACUGCUCUUUUGCUGCGUAAACUGACAACGGUCUCCAGCGGGGGGGGCCUCGGGGAGUCACCCUUUGUUGAACCCCAGAAGUGCGCGCAAGAACCAGAGCACAGGACGGGGCUGACUCAGUGCCUCCUUGAGAAGCAGAGGACGGCUGUGGAGCGAGGGAAGAUCGUCAGUUCCCUCCUGGACAUGGGUUUCAGUGACGUCCAUGUUAACGAACUGCUCAGUAUACAGCCAGGUACCCACCCCCAGCAGUUGCUGGACAUCGUUUCAGAAUUAAUACUCCUGGGUCUGAAUCCAGAGCCUGUGUGUGUGGCCUUCAAGAGAAGUCCUCAGUUACUGAAACUCCCUAUCAUGCAAAUGAAGAAGCGCUCCAGUUACCUGCGAAAGCUGGGGCUUGGAGAAGGGAAAUUAAAGAGGGUGCUUUACUGUUGCCCUGAAAUUUUCACCAUGCGUCGGCGGGACAUUGAGAUCAUCGUCGGGGUUCUCAAGGAGAAGUGCCUUUUCACGGUAAAGCAAGUCACCGAGAUUUUGCACAGAUGCCCCUGUGUUCUUCGGGAGGACCCUGGUGAACUGGCAUACAAAUUCCAGCCAUCAUGCAGGUGUCGGGAUCAUAGUGUUCUGCCGUCGCUAGUGAGGCAGGUCUCUCCGAGUGCUUUUGGCCAGUUCAGUUCACUGUGCCUUAGGAGCCUACAAAGCUUUCUGCAGCUGCGCUUCCUAACCACGCUCUGUCUCCAGUAUGCCUACUUCAGGAUGGGGAUUAACCAUGUGGACGUGGUGAAGACCAACUUCCUGCAGUACUCCAUGACCAAGACCAAGGAGAGGCACGUGUUCCUGGAGCGCCUGGGCCGGUACCAGACCCCCGACAAGAAGGGGCAGACGCUGGUCCCCAACCCUUUACUCAAGGACAUCCUCAGGGUGUCAGAAGCUGAGUUUCUGGCCAAGACAGCCUGUUCUUCAGCUGAGGAGUUUGAGGUUUUUAAGAAACUCUUGGCCCGGGAGGAGGAGGAGUCUGAGGGCCAUAUGGCUGACGACGAAAGUCUGGAGGAGGAGGAGGAGGAGGAGGAGCCAGAGGAAGGGGAGGAGCGGGAGCCAUGAUGGACGGACUGGAGUGAAAAGAGCCCAGCGAGAUCAAAGGGUAUUUUAAUUUUCUCAGAGCUUUUGGGAACUUCACUUGGAUCUUCUCAGGUUAUUUUUCAUUCUCAAACUGGUCUUUUGAUGAAAAAUUAAUUGGAAAUCACCUGAGAAGUAGACUAAGAAGCAGAUGCAUUGGUUUGAUCUGCUGUCAGGUCCUGGGGGGAGGGCCCUGCUCCGUCCUGAAUAAAAGGCCGACUUUGCGCCUCUAAGGUCGGGGGGCUCAACACCGCGA